AUGGCGGAUGGAGAGGCGGCCACGGGCCCACACGAGCAGUUGCACGCCACGGCGAUCUCCGUGUAUCAACGCCUCCACUCGUUCAAGUUCCGACCCCACGCAUCUCUGGAUGUGAAUCUCCAAGCCAUCGACAAGCUGCGUACAGAGGUGGAAAACCUGCUGGAAGGGCACCCCCUCAGUGACAGCCACCUCGCUUCCGCGCUCUUGAAGGUGCUGCCCACGUGCAUCAUGCAAGACUACUACAUGUGGCCGAGUAUCCCAUACCAGGAUAUGCGACGCUUGUUGGAGAAGCACAGGCCAGACGUGACGCUCAAGUAUCCGUCGAUCCUGGGACCAGCAUCAAUAGCCCUCACUGUACCGGUCCAUGGCUCAGCAACCGCGACCGCGAUAACGCGGUCUAGAGCAUUGGCCCUUCCGGCCUUUCGCGCUGGCUCGCGCCAUCGCGACGGCUACGGACAAGCGGGCGCUCCACUCGACGUACACCUGUAUAAAGCUUUCCCGGGCGUUGCCAGAACGCGGUGCGUCAAGACUUUGUGUUUCCACCAGGAUGGGCUGCCGUCCCACCUGGCGAAUACCCCCCAAGUGGUGGCGGUCGACGCACUCAAGGCGGACCAAGCGGCCACCGCGGUGGCAAACGCCACGUCAAAUGCGGCGGGCGUGGUGGAGGAAUCGUGA